AUGGCCUUCUCACCCAAUAGAUACUGGCUCUGUGCUGCGGUUGGUCCUGUAAUCAAGAUCUGGGAUUUGGAGGACAAGCGUGAAAUCGAGGAGUUGAAGCCUGAUAUUACUGGAAAGACGAUGACCGCUCCUCAAUGUGUCUCUUUGGCGUGGUCUCAGGAUGGACAGACGCUGUAUGCUGGAUACACAGACAACGUGAUACGUGUGUGGCAAGUGUCCGUGCGUAUCAUCUAA